AUGUCUGUUGGGGUGAAGAGAAGAUUCUCUGCCAGCUCGCGCACGGCAAAAGACAUGUACAAUGUAAUAUCUCAUAAAUCAACGAAUCCUGUGGAUGAAACAGGGUUGUCGAAGUGUUUCCACAAAAUGAAAGCCCAGCUUUAUCUGUCUCUCGCUCCAUGCCAUAUAAAUUCGCCAAUCAAUGGGAUUAAACAGCAGCAUUUCGACCAUAUGCUUAUGACCUAUGUUCCUUUUGCCAAAGGUGUUCUUCUGGGUUACUUCAAUGUCCAACUUGCCUCGGAAAAUUUGGUGGAGGAUGAAGACGGGACAGAAAUUGCCGUUGCGAAGAUCGCUGACGACAAUCCGUUCGCAUUUGUGUGGUGUACAGCGGAGCUGUUGGUUUGGCGACCACAAGUUGGCGACGUUGUUGAAGGCUGGUCGUACAUGCAAUCCCAAUCUCACAUUGGUCUUCUCAUCAACGAUACCUUCAAUGCCACAAUUAAAAAGGGAGGAAUCCCGCCAGAGUGGAGGUACAUACCGAACCAGGUGGAUGAAUUCAAUGCCGAAGGGGAUGCCGAAAAGUUUGGCAAGUCUCUUGGUCAAUGGGUAGAUGAAAAUGGUGUCCCUGUUGAGGGAAAGAUUCGCUUUACGAUUAAAGCCUUGCACGCUGCAGGUAAAGUCGUUUCCAUGGAGGGUACUCUGGUGAAGCCUGGCUCUGAUAAGGAGAGCCAGCCGGUCGUUAGGGACGGAAAGCACAAGAAGUUCGAGGAGCCCGAGGAUAUUGUCGCGGAUGACGAGGACAACACCGACGACAAAACCGAGGUUCCGCAGUACGACCAAGACGACGAAGACGACGAAGAUGAGGAUAACAAGGUUGUUGGCGGCGAACUGAGUUCUGACGAAGAGUGA